GGGAAGGGCGGCCGUAGCAUGCCCAACAUCCUGGAUGACAUCAUCGCGUCCGUGGUGGAGAACAAAAUCCCUGCCAGCCGAGGAGCCAAGCUGAGUCUGAAGCUGGAGGCCACCACCACAGAGGACAGGGAGGUGAAGACAGAGAGGAUCGAGAGGAAGAAGCAGCCUGGGACUGGGACAGGUCCUAAGCCUGGGACUGGGACAGGUCCUAACCCUGGGACUGGGACAGGUCCUAACCCCGGGACUGGGACAGGUCCUAACCCCGGGACGGGAACAGGUCCUAACCCCGGGACGGGAACAGGUCCUAACCCCGGGACGGGAACAGGUCCUAAGCCUGGGACGGGGACAGGUCCUAAGCCUGGGACGGGGACAGGUCCUAAGCCUGGGACUGGGACAGGUCCUAACCCUGGGACUGGGACAGGUCCUAACCCUGGGACAGUUCCUAACCCUGGGACGGGGACAGAAGAGCUUCCUGAACCCAAGCCUCAGCUAGAGAAGGCCCUGCAGCUCCAUGCUGACAUUCCCCACUGCUGGUUGUAUGAUCGCAGACUGCUCUGGCUGAAAGACCAUCGACACCCUGGCAACUGGAAGCUGUUCAGAGAGUGUUGGAGACAGGGACAGCCUGUCCUGGUGACUGGGCUCCAUAAGCCUCUGAAUGCAGCUCUGUGGAGGCGGACAGCUUCAACCUGGAGUUUGCUGACCAUCAGGAGACCUGCUGAACUGUAAAGAUGGACUUGUCUCGAACUCUGGAAUCAACGAGUUCUGGGACGGCUGUGAGGACC